AAACAAACUAGUGCAAUGUGCUUUUUGGCUAAAACAUUCGCCGUUUUAAUAAUUUUGCUUAUCCUGGCUAUGAGACAAAAUGUUUCUUGCUAUUAUUACAUCCCGAAUUUUGAAAAUUUCAAAAAUUUGUCAACCAAACUGACCACGGAUAAUAAAAGUGAAGAUUUUACUGUAAAAGAAAAUAGUACUUUUGAUGAUGAGAUAUACAGUAGAGACAUUGCAGAAAAUUUUAAUAUUAUUGUAAAUUCUCAUGAACUAAAAACUCUAAAUAUAUCUCCCAGUAAUUUUAUGGAUACAGUAGAAAAGAUAUGGAGAGACAUUAGUCCUUUAUAUUUCGAAUUACAUCGGUAUGUUGGAAGAAAACUAGAAAAUGAAUACCCAAGUACGUUCAAUUUCUCCCAAGGCUUAAUCCCCGCAAAUCUAUUAGAUGCACCGUCGUUGGAUUCGUGGACUAAUUUGUUAGAAAUUGCCACACCUUACCCCGAAAUCAAAAAUUCGACUGGGACUUCCACAGAAAUAUUACCGAAUGAAGUUUUUGAACUUGUUAAUGAUUAUAUGGUAUCGAUGGGUCUCUAUAAUAUAACGCAUCACUUUGGCUUAUCACUAAACGAAAAUCAGACCAACUACGAUUGCGAAGUAAUUCCCAACAGGCUUCUACAUUCAACUUGUAAUUAUUUGCAAUCAGACGAAUAUGAUAAGCCCAAAACUUACGCCACCUCUCAUAACAUAUACUUUAUAAAUUAUUUACAAUAUUUUUUAAUAACAAAUGGCACUUGGCAAUGGCCACAUGAUUGGGCCUGUUUCGAGAUGUUGGACGACCUGGUAACAAUUUUAUCUUUGACACCGUUCCAUGUUAAAGAAGCGAAUGGCGUCGAUGAUGACGACGAAGUUAACGAAAAAGAAUACGUCAACUUUCUUAUGGGAAUUGCUCUGGAGAAAAUUGUCUCCCUAUCCCGUGUGGUAACGCACUUGAAGUGGGCCCAAAGUAUCAUUCGAAACCCCAAUCGUCAAAGUAUUGAAGACUACGAUUCAAAACUUUGGGAAUUCAGAGAGAAAAUUCAGAAAAUAAGCAAACCACAUGGAUGGUCCAACAAUUUGACAGAUGUUACAAGUAAAAAUAGUUUACGAAAGUCCGAUUUUAUACGUUAUUUUGUAGGUACAAUAUUAGAAUUUCAACUCUAUAAUCGAAUAAGUACCAUGGAGGAGAACCCCAUGGACUCGGUGCAUUUACAUGGUAGUGACCUGUAUGGGUCUACCGAAGCGGGAGACAUGCUAAGGGAGAUAUUGUACUCUGCAGCAACAGAAAAUUGGCCGAAAGCAUUCUUAAACGCCAUAGCAGAUUCAGAAAUUAGCGCGCAAGGUUUCGUAAGCUUUUUCGAACCUCUGUACACCUUUUUGAAAGACCAAAAUGGCCCUUUAACCGAAAAAGAAUUGGCUCUACUUUUGCAAAACGAAUACGAAGAAAACGCCCGUUAUUUUUACAAUAAGCAAGCUAAAGCAGAGUGGGAUUUCGCCGUAGAUCUUAAGAAUUCAACCAAAGAGGAACUUCAGCUCAAGUCGACGCUAGAGGUGGCCGAUUUCGAGGAGCACUAUCGUCAAUAUUAUUUUCAAGAUUUGGCAGAUGAAAAUUUCCAAAACGAAUCUCUCAAACGCCAGAUCGACUUCCUGACGGUUAUAGGAAGUUCUGCUCUAACUCCAAACAAACUUAGUCAGCUUACGAAUUUGACAAAUGCAAUGAUGAACAUUUACAGUACCGCAAAGGUUUGUCCUUUCCAAAACCAAGGGUGCAAUUUGGAAUCGGAAGGAUUGAGUUUAGAACCUGAUAUUGAAAGCAUCAUGGCUUCUUCAACGAAUCACGAGGAAUUACUAUACUUAUGGGACGCAUGGAGGAACGUUACCGGGGUGAAAAUGAAGCACAUUUACCCCCUGUAUGUCAAUUUGUCCAACGAGGCUGCCAUUGAAAAUGGUUUUAAGGACAUGGGAGAAAUGUGGGUCAGCGAUUUCGAGUCUGACAAUUUCGAGGAAGAAAUAGAAAGUCUUUGGAAAAAAGUCAAGCCGUUAUACGACGAAUUACAUUACUACAUAAGCAACAAACUGAAGCGACAUUAUGGAGAUGUUGCAGACUUCUCUGACAACCUCAUUCCGGCACAUUUGCUAGGAAACAUGUGGGGACAGACGUGGAUAAAUAUCAGAAAUCUAGUACGUCCGUUUCCAGAAGCUGCACAAGUAGAUGUAACGUCGUCAUUGAUAAACCAAAACUACACGGUGCUGAAAAUGUUCCAAAUAGCAGACGAUUUUUAUAAAUCCCUCGGUUUGGAAUCUGCUUCGAUGUCAUACGAUACAAAUGUCACAUACAUCGAAAAACCGACAGAUAAAGAAAUAGAAUGUCACGGGUCCGCGUGGGAUUUCUAUGACAAAAAGGAUUUCAGGAUAAAAAUGUGCACCAACGUUAACUAUGAGGAUUUCGUGACUGUACACCACGAAAUGGGCCAUAUACAGUACUACAUGUUGUACAAAGAUCAGCCGAUUUCCUUCAGGAGCGGGGCCAAUCCAGGCUUUCACGAAGCCGUUGGAGAUAUCAUUACAUUAUCAGUAAUCACUCCACAACAUCUGGAAAAGAUAGGCCUUCUGCAGGGACACCAGGAUUCUUACGAAUCGUCGAUUAACAGUCUAAUGGAUUUGGCGUUAGAAAAAAUUGCUUUCUUACCCUUUGGGUAUCUGAUAGACAAAUGGAGGUGGGACAUUUUCAAAGGCCAAGUGCCCCCAGAGGCCUGGAACUCCCACUGGUGGUAUUACAGGAAAACCGUCCAAAAGGUGAAACCUCCAAUAGAACGUAACGACGAGGUCCAUUUUGAUCCAGGAUCAAAAUUCCAUGUACCAAACGACUAUCAGUACAUAAGCUACUUCGUGGCCCAUAUUCUCCAAUUUCAAUUCCACAGAAGCUUUUGUAUAAUAGCUGACCAGUAUGAUCCCAAAAAAACACCAUCGCUGUUGCACAGGUGCGACAUAUACAAUUCGAAAAAAGUUGGAGAUAAAAUGAAAGCUGGGCUGUCCCUUGGGGCAAGCAAACCAUGGAAAGAAGUACUGAAAACGAUGACAGGCGAAAGCGAGUACGAUCCUUCAGCCCUUAUGGAAUAUUUCUCACCCUUAUACGAUUAUCUAGUCAACGAAAACAAAAGAAUUGCCAAUAAAAGUCCCCCAGUAAUUAAUGCGAUUUCAAAAAGUCUGUUGUUGUUAUUAUUUUAUCUAAUAAUUUACUACAUCAAUUUUUCUUCUUCGUUCGUAUCAGCAGUGGUGUGUGUUAUUUUGCUAGUUGCGAUAAUGAAGCUUGUGGUGCAGCAGAAGUUUUUAUUAAUUGGAUGUUACUGUUCCUUAAUUAUCGGCCUCGCAACUGGCGCGUUUCAAAAUGAGGAAGAAUUGGCAGAAUUCCUGAAAGGGGAGUACGAAGCCAACGCUUCGGCGAUUUGCAACAAGUACGCCCUAGCAUCAUGGGAUUCCAAUACCGACGUUAACAAUGCCGCAAAAACCGCUGCACUGACCGCUGUGACGUUAGAGAGGGCCGAAAUUCAAAAAUACUAUUGGGAAAACUACUUCCGCAGUUUGAACGCCGACAACUACAGAAAUGAGUCCAUCAAAAGACAAAUAAAAUCCUUAACCGUCCUGGGCACAGCAGCUCUGGAUUCUGAAAAAUUAACUCAGUUCAGCAACAUCACCAGUGUAAUGAGAACUAUCUACAGUACCGCCAAGAUUUGCCCUUAUGCAAACCAAGAUUGCGAUUUAACUACAGAAGGACUGAGUUUAGAUCCAGAUAUCGAAGGGAUAUUGUCAUCAUCCACCGAUUACAAUGAGCUCUUGUAUGUUUGGGAUGCAUGGAGAAACGCUUCUGGAGCUAAAAUGAAAGAGAUAUACCCCACCUACGUUUCUUUAUCAAACGAAGCAGCCUUAGCCAACGGAUAUUCCGACAUGGGAGCCUACUGGAGGAGUUCUUUUGAAACAGACAACUUCGUUGACCAGAUGGACAAAUUAUGGAGACAAGUCAAGCCAUUGUACUUCGAGUUGCAUCGCUACGUGGGCAAGAAGCUGAAAGAACGAUACGGAGACCUUUUGGACAUAUCAGACGGACUCAUACCGGCCCAUGUGUUUGGGAAUAUGUGGGCUCAGGAUUGGGCAACAUUGAGCAGCCUAGUCCGGCCGUAUCCUUCUGCGAGCGAAACGGAUGUUACAGGAGCUUUGGUUUCGAAAGGUUACAAUCCAACGAGCAUGUUCGAAACAGCCAACGAGUUCUACACGUCCAUGAGCUUGAGCAAUAUGAGCAUGGCGUUUGGACCCAGGGCCAUGAUAGUGAAACCCAGCGACAGAGAAGUUCUAUGCCACGCAUCGGCGUGGGACCUGUGUGACCGGUCCGAUUUCCGAAUAAAAAUGUGCACUUCCGUAAACAGUAAAGAUUUCAUCACCAUACAUCACGAGCUUGGACACAUUCAGUAUUACAUACAGUACAAGGAUUUACCGUUAAGUUUGCGAGGGGGAGCGAAUCCAGGUUUUCACGAAGCGAUCGGGGACCUGAUUGCAUUGUCCGCCGAGACCCCGAAACAUUUGCAAAAAAUCAACCUUCUUGAUAACUACGUCGAUUCCAAUCAGAGCAGCAUCAACUCGUUAAUGGACAUGGCACUCAACAAAAUAGCCUUUUUGCCAUUCGGCUUAUUGAUAGACAAAUGGAGAUGGAACGUAUUCAACGGGAACAUUACACCAGAAAAUUACAAUUCCCAGUGGUGGUAUUACAGGGAAAAAUAUCAAAAGAUAAAGGCUCCGAACACUCGAUCGGACGAAAUCCAUUUCGACCCUGGCGCGAAAUACCAUGUAGCUGGCAAUUCCCAAUACAUAAGUUAUUUUGUAGCGCACAUUCUCCAGUUCCAACUGUACAAAAGCCUGUGCGUCGCUGCUGGCGAGUACGAUCCAAACCGUUCCGACAGGCCUCUACACAACUGCGACUUUUACCAAUCCACAGCUGCCGGAAACUUGCUAGCGUCCGGUUUGAAAUUAGGUUCGUCUAAACACUGGAGCGAGGCCCUUUAUGCAAUAACCAACGAAACCGACAUUAGCGCCGGCGCCCUUAUGGAAUACUUCGAGCCCUUGUACACGUUCCUGAAGGAAUACAACGGUCCAAUGACAGAAGCGGAACUAACAAAUUUCUUAGAAAGGGAUUACGAAGAAGACGCAUCCAUCAUUAAUAAUAAAGAAGCAAUUGCCGAAUGGAAUUACGAUACAGAUAUAAAUAACGCCAAUGCUUCAGCAAGGCAGACCGAAGCAACACUGGAAUCCGCCGAAUUCAAUAAACUUUACUGGCAAUACUACUUCAAAGAUUUGAAUGCUAAUGACUAUACCAAUGAAACUCUAAAAAGGGCGGUAAAAGAUCUGGUCGUUCUAGGCACAGCUGCAUUGGACACCGAAAAAUUAACCGAGUUAACUAACGUAUUAAGCACAAUGACCAACAUCUACAGUACCGGAAAGAUAUGCCCCUAUAACAAUCAGUAUUGCGAUCUCACAACGGAGGGUUUGAGUUUGGAACCUGACAUUGAAGACAUUUUGUCAAGUUCAACAAAUUACGACGAACUGUCGUAUGUUUGGAAGGCCUGGAGGGAUGCAACGGGGGCAAAAAUGAAGGACUACUAUAAAACUUACGUAAACCUUUCCAACGAAGCAGCGCAAGCCAACGGAUUCAAAAAUAUGGGGGAGAUGUGGAUCGAAAGUUUCGAGUCGGACACCUUCAUCAACGACAUGGACACCUUGUGGAAUCAAGUCAGACCCUUGUACGACGAGUUGCACAAAUACGUAGGGAACAAACUCAAGGAGCGUUAUGGAGACAAACUGGACAUUUCCGAUGGACUGAUACCAGCCCACCUUUUUGGCAAUAUGUGGGCCCAGGACUGGACAGCACUGAAAGAACUAGUAGCACCUUACCCCAACGUCCAAGCCAUCGACGUGACAACAGCGAUGAGAAAUCAAAAUUACACCGUUUUGAGAAUGUUCCAAACUGCAGAUAAUUUCUACCAGUCUCUUGGACUCGAGCCAAAUACAAUGUGUUACGGGCCUAAAGCCAUGAUAGAAAAACCUGCAGACAGGGAAGUUCUGUGUCACGCUUCAGCGUGGGACUUCUCCGACGGUGAAGACUUUAGAAUUAAAAUGUGCACGAGCAUCAAUUACAACGACUUCGUAACAGUUCACCACGAGAUGGGGCAUAUAGAGUAUUACAUCCUUUACAAGGACCAGCCGGUAAUAUUCCGCACAGGAGCCAAUCCCGGUGUCCAUGAGGCCGUAGGAGACCUCAUUGCCUUGUCUGUGGCCACACCGAGACAUCUCCAGAAGAUCGGCCUCCUUGAAAACUACCAACAGUCUAACGAAUCGGCAUUGAAUAAGUUGAUGGACAUGGCUUUAGAAAAGAUUGCCUUUUUACCAUUUGGACUUCUCGUAGACAAAUGGAGAUGGGACGUGUUUAAUGGUACAGUCGCUCCAGAGGACUGGAACUCCAGAUGGUGGUAUCACAGGGAAACCAUUCAAAAGGUAAAGGCUCCAGUACAAAGGACUACGUCCGAUUUUGAUCCAGGUGCAAAAUAUCACGUCCCAGGGGAUAGUCAAUAUAUCAGUUAUUUCGUGUCCUUCAUUCUACAGUUCCAACUGUACCGAAGUUUGUGCAGAAGUGCCGGCCAGUACGACCCCAACAACGCAUCCCUUCCGCUAUAUAACUGCGACUUCUACGAAAACACAGACGUAGGAUCAAAACUGAGGGCCGGACUGUCUUUGGGAGCCAGCAAACAUUGGAAGGAGGCCCUUCAAGAAAUCACUGGCGAGAACGCGUACGACGGUACAGCCAUUAUAGAAUAUUUCCAACCCCUCUACGAUUGGCUGAGGCAGCAGAAUUCUGCUUCUGAAACAACCCCGCCUGGUACCGAUAACGGAACGUCGAGUAAUCGGGGGACGAUCCAAUUGCUUAUCACGACGGUACUUUUAGUUACCACUAUGUUUAUGUAUUGUACUUAAACAAGCACAGAAUGUUGUGUUUUGAAAACGGGUGCUUCUUCUUGUGCCCAUGUAUAUUGUUUAAUAAAAGCUUUUGAAAUGUUGA